UACUAACUUAAUCUGUGUCCCAGAUUCUCCCAGAAGCAGCCAUGGGUCGCUCUUAUUUGGGACAGUUCUUCGAUGGUAGGGGGCCUCCAAAGAGCCAAUGCGGGAGGGGCGGGGUCUUCAUUUAAGGUUUUUCCUUUGGAUGUUUUUUUUUUCAGUUGCAAAACAGAUUAUGGCCCAGGUUGCAACACAAAGGUCUGUCAAUGCACCGCUUCCUAUGGCCAUCCUCUGCUGAAUGAGGCGCACGGCGGGGUCCACUCCAGGGUUCUUCUGCACAGGUGCGACAUGCAAAACGGUCGAGCUGUAUAAUGCGGAGGGGCUGGGGGGGCAUACCUGUUCUUGCUAAUUUGCAGUUGGACCAACCGGUUCUUGGAGUUAACGAGUGCGUUGACACCUUGUUAAGGUGAAGAUUCAGGGUGAGGAUGCUCAAAAUUCAACCAGAUGUAUCUAAAAUACUCAACUUAAACUUUCUAUUUCACUAAAUAAAACAAUUACAAAAGUAAAGUGGACUUCUUUUGUGAUUUCGCUUGGCGCGCCCACUCGAUAUAAGGUGUGAGCGCAGAAUGCCAGGACUGACCUCAGGCCAGCCUCUGUUGCUGACAUCACCUCCUCUCCUCUCCUCUCGUCGCCUCGGCCCAGAGUCCCAUCAAGGUCUGAGUCUCCCGCAGCGACCGAACGCGAUGCGUCGACACCAUUCAUUCUGAGGCAGGAACUUCUUGCGCAGGACGCACGCACGCCCGCUCUGCUCCCAGGGUUACCGCUUUUUCCGAGAAGAACCAAAGCGCGGCGAUGACAGAAGAAAGCCGAGGCAAGCGCAGGAAACAAGCCAACCCAAGGAGGAAUCGAGAUGCAGAGCAAGUGAGUUCUCUUGGGUCGGAAGAAGAGGAUAAGGUGGGUUUGUUGAGCCUGAGGCCACCGGACUGUCAGGAGGGCCCGGAUAAGACGAGCCUGACUCCCAGCGAGGGGACAGAGGAGGCUGGCAGCCCUGCUCUCUCCACACAGCCGCACAGCCUCAGCCCUGGCGGCAGAAACGGCUGUGCCCAGGCGGAGUCAGGGGCCAAAGCCAGGGAGGACACCGCCUACAUAUCCACUGACGGAGGCCAGGAAUCGCUGAGGAUGUACUGUAAGAGUUCAGACUCACAGAAUUCUUUAGAGGAUUUAUCUCACUUUGGAAUUUUGGCUCAUUUGAGGAAAGCCUCUACCUCAGCCAGUAUCUGGGACCACCUGAACCACAAUGGAGAGGCAGAUGUUUACCGCUCCAGCAGACACGAUGAUCUCCCACCUGCCAUUUGGUCACCAGGAGCUCAGCAGUGCUCACCUGAAGGAGCAGAUUCGGGCCAAGUGCAGCAGCGCUGUCCGUUCUGUCACAGAAUGUUCCUGCGAGGAGCUUCUCUGAGGGACCAUGUCAAAUUCUGCCAGGAUCGAGACGGGGGUCCCAUGGUCUGCCCGCUCUGUGGGUACACAUCCACCUUCAGUUCCCACAUGGAACGCCACCUAUUGCUCCACAACCAACUACAGGACAAGGCUAGCAUCACUUUCGAUCAAGGAAUGGACAACAGGAAGUUCAAAUGUUUACAGUGUGGAAAAGCUUUUAAAUACAAACACCACCUCAAAGAACAUCUCAGAAUCCAUAGUGGGGAAAAACCAUACCAGUGUUCCAACUGCAAGAAACGUUUCUCCCAUUCGGGCUCCUACAGCUCCCAUUUGAGCAGCAAGAAGUGCCUUAGUGGUGGAGGGCAUGUUGGGUUAAAUGCCAGCGGAUUGCUCAACGGACAUAGCCAAAAUUCCUACCCCCAUUCCCAUUCAACAUCUCCCUCUGCUGGAAAAUCCAGUGACGACUCAGUGCUGGCUUCACAAAACCAGGAAAGCACGAGAGCCAUGGGUCAAGCGACCACAGAUCCUCAGCAGAUGUUACUGCAGGACCUCAAACCAAACACCACAAGCCUCAUCAGCACCUCAAGCAUGUCCAGGUCAUGGAGUCCUUCGCCAGAGCUUCCCCCGAGAGCCAGUUUUCUUAAAGGGAAUACUCUGCUGCCUUUUUUCCACUCCGGGACCAGAUUUGAGCAGAUGCUGCAGGGGGUGCUUCACAGAGACACAGAUAAGGACAUGGAUAAAGAAAAAGUAGAGGACAGGAAUGGGGUUUACAAUGGGGGAGGGCAUGAGAAAAAGGUUUCACCAGAGAGAAGUAAAGAAGCAGUGAGAUCUAGUGACGGGGAGACCAGUUUGUUUGGGGUGAUAUGUCGCUGGUGCCUGCAGCUUUUUCCCAACAUGGCUGUACUUCUGCAGCAUGAGCGCUACCUCUGUAAGAACAACAGGGAAGCAGUUGAAGUGUCUGAUGGCUUUCAAAGGAAAGAUCAGUCGUCGCCACCAAUGUUCUUCCCCAGAUCUUCUUUCCAGCCUGAGAAAAACAAACCGAGUGAAGUUCUCAAUGGAUUUAGUGGGAAAAAAUCCCCUAUAGAAAAGCCCAGCUGGCACUCUGUACCACAACAGCUUUUGGUUGCAUCUGCACCAAGCAGCAAUCCCCUGUCCUCACAUAUGUACUGGUCCAGUCAAGAAAGGGGAAGCCCAAGACGGCUUAUGCACCGUUCUCCGGAGGAAGCGUCACCUCGAAGCAGAAGAAGAGUUCCGUCAGGAUUGAGCUCUCCUGCCUGCCUGGAUCUCACCAGCUGUCCACCUCAAAUCUCACCGCCCCAAAAAGACUUUGUCAGUUCCUGGUCAGCACAGAAUGAACCGCUCGACCUCUCCCUUCCCAAGCGGCUGUCUGAGAAAAGGUGGAGCAACAAAACCCUGAAUGGUGUGUCAGUCAGAGGAGAAAGGUUUGGCAGGUUGGGCUCAGUUUCACAUCUGACCUUAGGUCAGGGCUCAGUCUUUAGUGGGGCUCCUGCUUUUCCAGGCUCUUUAUACAAUGGAUUUCCAAUGUUUAGUCAACCUGGUGUUGGACUGUCAGUGCACGAUGGAGCAUCUCCAUUUAGCCAAACAGCUAACUGUACUGGAUUUCAAUCUCCUUUAGCUUACAUGUUAAAAGUGGAUGCAGAGGCAGCAUGGAAGAAGAUCCUCCAGGAAGGACAGGGGCUAAUGAGUGAAACAUUGAAUCGUGGUGAUUUGGAUUAUCUCUCUUUAAUCGAUGACGGGUUGGAAGGAGAAGGAGGGCCAGGAAGGAAGAGGCUAAAGAAAACAGAUGAAGGACUGUAUGCUUGUGACAUCUGUGAUAAAACCUUCCAGAAGAGCAGCUCUCUGCUCCGACACAAAUACGAGCACACAGGCAAGCGACCUCAUGAGUGCAAGAUCUGCCACAAGGCCUUCAAACAUAAACACCAUCUGAUUGAACACAGCCGGCUGCACUCUGGAGAGAAGCCCUAUCAAUGUGACAAGUGUGGCAAGCGCUUCUCUCAUUCAGGUUCCUACUCCCAGCAUAUGAACCACCGCUACGCCUACUGCAGCAAAGACCAGGAUCUAGACCAGGAUCAGGAGGAGAUGCUGCUCACUCCAGGAGCGGGAGGCCUGGCUCGGGAAACCUCUCUGUCCAUGGAUGACACUCCGACGGGCCACUCUUUUCUCUCAGACUCAAGUCUGGAUGGCGCUGUGGAUGCUCUCAAAGAAGAGGAGGACGAGGAGGAGGUCGGAGUGAGUGAGGCACUUGUGAACUUGUCAGAAGCCGCCAGUGACCUGGGAGGUAGUCCCACCCAGCGGUCGCUGAUAGCAGAGAGUGGAGCACAGAUUGAGAAAAACGAUUUGAAUGUGAGGAAUCGUGAAUAUAAGAGAGGAAGUGACACGUGGGACAAAAGCACUGAGAACCAAAAUAAAGAUAUGGACGAAAUGAGCUCAAACGCGAAAGAUCUCCUUCAAACACAUAUGUAAGAAGACUCCAAAAAUCCAUUACAAUGCACAUUUUUAUAUAUAUGUUUGUAGUCAUGAAGCAGCCCAUCUGAUUGUCGUAAGAUAAAGGUAUACACAGAAACAGCCAUCAACUUCAUGGCCUUAAGUGAGACUUAGCCAAGCUAAGCAUUAUUGUUGGCAAUAUGAAUAACGGUUACAUGUUUUUUUUUUUCAUUUCAAUAUUUUCAAAGUAAAGAUAAUUUGAGGGUCUGCAACAGACACACAGCAUUUUAGUGUGAAACAUCUCAAUUCCUUAUGCAAAAAAGGUUGGUUUUUUUUGUGUCAAACAUUCACAAAAACUCAUGUUUGGAUGAAGUUUGAUGCAUAGAAUUCAAUACAUCUGUUGUAUUUUCACACAAAUGAGUACACUCUAGCCUUCAGCCCUCGAGUCUGUCGAUUUUAAGACGCAUGAUGCUACUCAGAAGGUGCUGGUACCAGCUUACAGAUAAAGCCAUACGAAUAUCCGGUUUAAAUAUUUAUUAUUCUGCGUAAAAGUGGGUUUAGUCAUCCGUUUUGUGGUCCGAUACUUGUUUUAGGAGUAAGACAACAUGUUAAAAAGGCUUUUUCAGCCGUUUCCUUGUGUCAUAGGUUUGUGUGUGUCACUGCACAACUUUUGUCAUUUAUGCUGUGAAAUCAAAAGGUACAACCACCUCUUGUCCUCAGGUUAACCACAACGCUCAGUGGCUUUAAUCAGUCAGCCAUCUGUCUAAUGUCACUAGUAAGCAGCAAAAAGAGGAACACGUGUAACAUGGUUUUUUUUUUAUAUAGUUUCAACAAAAACCAGUCAACUGGGCAUUUUUUAAGCAUGGUUUCAAGAACAGUCCUUUCUGCAUUGCUAUGUGGGGUGGUAAGUGAGGCAAAAUAUGACAUUAGAGUCAAGUCUGGGUUUUAACUCCCCUUGGAGCUGCUCUAAAUUCAUGAAGUGCUAACGUGACAUCAAUUUCUUGUAAUAACAUAAUAAGCUAGAGUGUAUGUUUUUACUCGUCUGGAUUACAAGAAUGCUACACAUUUGUCUGUUAAGGUGUGGCAUCAAGGACCUAUAGAUCAGUUCCAAACUUCUUCUGCUGUGCAGUCAAGGUGAAAAGUGCCUCGGAUGUACUCAGACACUGUGAGUAAUCCAACCAAACCUUGGUACUGUGAGAUAAGACGAUGGUGCAUGAGGUGUGACUAAGCUUGCAGCAUUCAUGCAUACAAUGUGCCAAAGACACAUUUUGGUCAUUAUGGUUGUGUGUGUGUGCUUGUCAGCAAAGAUAUGCAUAGGAAAUGCACUAACUGCUAUCCUGUUUUUGCUCAGUUCCUCACCUGUAAGAGAAAAAAAAUGGCCAAAGAAGUAUUUUUACUCUGUUUCACAUACAUUUUUAAUACACAUGCUCUUCUUGUUUUUCUACAAAAACAAUUUUUUAUAUUUACUUUUUUUAAAGCAACGUUUUGCAUGUUUUUUUUAGUGUUUGUAAUAAAACUGUACAUAAUUUGUCACCAAAAUCUUGUAUUUCCAUUUAUUUUUUUAAUUAAAAAGUUUUAUAUUUUUU